UCAUCAUCCGCCAUCGUCUGCCAUCAAACAUCCUCCUUACUCCAAUUAUCCCAACAAUUGCCGACCUCUAUGGUCCUGACGGCGGUGAUCUGUUACCUUACUGUGCUACAACGUGCCCAAGGUGAUACAGUGCCAAACGAUGUCUAUUACCGUAUCUCUGAGAUCUACAUGCCCACCCACCCCGCAUGUCCUCGCCGAGUCUACUAUCAACAUGCCUUCCUUGGCCAAGCUUCCUUUCUGGUUCCGACGGUUGACCCCAAUGGUCUAGUCAGGUACUGUGAUCUGUAUGGCCACCAAGGAUGCGGUAGGUUCGGGGUUCACUACUCGCGGGGGCUGCAAGCUAGCUCUGUUUUUACCAAUACCAUACCACGGCGUUGAAACGGCGAGAACGCCGAAGCGCCUCGGGGAAAUGUCGAUGUUGGCCGUCGAAGGAGGGAAUCAUAUAUAAAAGGCAAGUUCCCUCCUUUGGUCUCUGGUGACGGGCCUCAAGAGAGCUAUAUAUAUGCGUCCUUGUCACAAUUGUUUCUCGUCUGUGUUGAUCCAUGUCAAACUGAAAGCGUCCUAUAUUCUUAUCUUUCCUAUACAAUGCGGGGUCUUCUGACUUUUGCAUCUGUGCUCCCUCUGUCUUUGGCUGCUGCAGUCCUCAGUCAUGUUUCCGAUGAUGCACACCUCCAAAAGCCCCGUGCAGAUGCCAUGCUAGAGAGAGCAGCGUGCACUGGUCCUACCGCGAGCAAGCCUUCAAAAUACUGGCUUGAUGAGCAGGAUCACACAGGCAAAGCAAGAGGAAUUGCACCGUUCACUGACAACAGGGAUAAAUAUCCUGUGUUCAGGAACGUUCUUGACUUCAAAGUCGCCAAUGAUGGCACGGGAGACCAGUCCGGGAAUCUGCAACAUGCCAUCAACUCCGAUGGUAAUGGCGGUUCCCGCUAUAAGAAGGGCUUAACCACCAAGCCAGCAGAGGUUUACCUCCCGGGUGGAACUUACCAAAUCUCCAAGACCUGGGAUCUCCGCGUGGGCACGAUUAUUGUGGGCGACCCAAAUGAUCCCCCAGUCAUCAAGGCUUCGGCCGAUUUUGAUGGAGAUUCCGUUGUCAAUGGUUUCGAUUUUGGAGUCGGUGCGCCGGAGACGAGCUUCAUGACUCUUAUCAAAAAUAUUGUCAUUGACACAACUGCCAUCAAUAAGCACAAGGCUGUUAUGGCCCUUAAUUGGGGUGUUGCCCAAGGCGCAGGAAUGUCAAACAUCAAGAUUGUGAUGCCCGAAUAUUCCAAAGGGCACAAAGGAAUUGUUCUUAAGGGCGGUUCCACCAUUGCUGUGACCGAUGUGAAUAUCCACGGCGGCGUGGUUGGUAUCCAGAACUCGAAUCAGCAGGUCAACUUCAAGAACAUCUAUUUCAACCGUAGCUCCACUGCCUACGCUGCCACCGGUGGCUGGACGUCGCUUCUCCAAGGCGUCACCUUCGACACAUGCGGACAUGGCAUCGACCUUACCAAGGCAGGCAAUGCCGGGUCGUUGGUUCUCCUAGACUCCAAGUCGAUCAAUUCCGGCCCCGUCAUUAAAUUUGCGGAUUCAUCCAACACCAAUGGCAAUCGCAACAACCAGAUCGUCAUUGAAAACCUCGAGCAUGACACCACGAACCCCAUCGCCAUCAAGGCCGAUAACACCGUUGCGCUUGAUGCCGCCGAUGCCAUCGAUACCUGGGUGUGGGGUAAUGCUGAUCCUGGCAACUACGUGACUGGAACUCAGUAUAAGACGGUUCGUCCCGACGCCCUUCUCAAGGAUGGGAAGUAUUUUACCAAGGAGGCACCCAGCUAUGGUAAGUUUGCGAGCGAUCAGGUUGUAAACGUCAAGAGUGUCGCGAAUCACUCAGUUAAGGGUGAUGGGAAGACUGAUGAUGCGGCAUCUCUGAAUGCCAUCCUCCGCAACAAUGCCGCCAAUUGCAAGAUCACGUAUUUCCCAUACGGCGUGUAUAUUGUGAAGGAUACCCUGUACAUUCCUCCCGGGUCCCGCAUCAUUGGCGAGGCAUGGGCUGUUGUGUCUGGUGCUGGUGAUAAAUUCAAGGACGACUCAAAGCCCACGCCCGUCAUCAAGGUUGGCAACCACGGCGAGACCGGCGUCGCAGAAAUCCAAGACAUGCGCUUCACCGUCUCCGAAGUCCUCCCCGGCGCCAUCAUCCUCGAGGUAAACAUGGCCGGCUCCGCCCCCGGCGACGUCGGCUUCUGGAACACCCUCGUCACCAUCGGCGGCACAGCCGACACCGCCAUCCACAAGUCCUGCACCGACCAAGAUACCCACAGUUGCAAAGCCGCCUUCCUCGCGGUACACCUCACCAAAUCUUCAUCCUCCUACUUCCAGAACCUCUGGGCCUGGACUGCAGACCAUAACGUUGAUGGCGGGCCUAACCAGAUCAUCGCUACCGGCCGCGGCGUCCUCGUCGAGGCUAGGAAGGGCACUUGGCUGGUUGGCAGCGGCUCGGAGCAUCAUUGGCUGUAUAACUACAAUUUCGGCCAAGCCGAAAACGUCUUUGCGGGCCUUCUGCAGACCGAGACGCCGUAUAACCAAGGCGACAAAGCUACCCUCACCCUUCCCGACCCCUGGACUGCAGAGGCAACGUACCACGACCCCGACUACACGUGGUGCGCUCCAAACGACCAAAAGUGCCGCACCGCGCUGGCAGUCAACGUCGACGGCGGGAAGGACAUUUUCCUGUACAACUCCGCGUCUUGGGCGUUCUUCCACGGACCAUGGGACGGGUCGUACGGUAAGACGGCGUGCGAUGGCACGUGUCAGACGAAUAUGAAUCGUGUGGCGAAUAACCCGGAUAAUUUGGCGUGGUAUGCGAUUAAUAUUAAGUCGGCGGAUACGCUGGUUUUGGAUGGGAAGGGGAAUCCGUUGAAGUAUAAUAAUCCAGGGAGUUGGGGGGGGAAUUUAGUGGCGUAUAGAGUGUUUAGCAAAGAUGCUUAGGGGACGGGCCGAGGUAUCCGCUGGUUAGCGAGCGG